UGUGCACGAAAAACGAGCGAGAUUCUGACUUGACCAGUUCGUUCGGAAUCGACUCAUUUUUGGAGAUGAGCGGACGCUCCGGUAAUGGUGGACAACAAAAAAUGAGAAUUCGCCCAUUUAUGGCCACAAUAGACGAGCAAUAUGUGACACAGACAUGGGAACUUUUGAAGCGUGCCAUACAGGAAAUCCAACGCAAAAACAAUUCGGGCUUGAGUUUCGAGGAGCUCUACCGCAACGCAUAUACAAUGGUGCUCCACAAGCACGGAGAACGUCUCUAUAAUGGCCUGAAAGACGUGAUUCAGGAUCAUAUGGCGUCGGUUCGAAUUCGAAUUAUCGAAUCAAUGAAUUCUGGAAGCUUCCUGGAGACUGUCGCCGAAUCGUGGGCUGAUCACACUGUCGCCAUGGUCAUGAUUCGUGAUAUUCUGAUGUAUAUGGAUCGGAUCUACGUGGCACAGAAUAAUCACGUCCUGCCGGUCUAUAAUCUGGGUCUCGACGCGUAUCGGACGGAAAUUCUGCGGCAAAACGGGAUUGGCGACCGAAUUCGCGAUGCUCUUCUGGAGCUUAUCAAAUUGGAUCGAAAAUCGAAUCAAAUCAAUUGGCACGGAAUAAAAAACGCGUGUGAUAUGCUCAUCUCGCUAGGAAUCGAUAGCCGGACGGUUUAUGAGGACGAAUUUGAGAGGCCACUUCUGAAGGAGACUAGUGAUUACUAUCGGGAUGUGUGCAAGAAUUGGCUUUCUGGCGACAAUGACGCGUGCUUCUAUCUGGCACAGGUGGAGAUUGCGAUGCACGACGAGGCGAGCCGAGCGUCGAGAUAUCUUGACAAAAUGACAGAGGCCAAAAUCCUGCAGGUGAUGGAUGAUGUGAUGGUUGCUGAGCAUAUUCAGACGAUUGUCUACAUGCAGAAUGGUGGUGUGAAGUUUAUGUUGGAGCACAAGAAGAUUGAGGAUUUGACUCGCAUUUUCCGUAUUUUCAAACGUAUCGGAGAUUCGGUGACAGUACCGGGUGGUGGAUUGAAGGCGCUGCUUAAGGCGGUUAGCGAAUAUCUCAACGAAACCGGCUCGAACAUUGUGAAAAAUGAGGAUCUGCUCAAAAACCCCGUCAAUUUUGUCAACGAAUUGCUCCAGCUCAAAGACUACUUCUCCAGUCUGCUCACCACUGCGUUUGCCGACGAUCGUGACUUUAAGAAUCGCUUCCAGCAUGAUUUCGAGACGUUCCUCAACUCGAAUCGCCAAUCGCCGGAAUUUGUGGCCCUCUACAUGGACGAUAUGCUGCGAAGCGGUCUGAAAUGUGUGUCGGACGCCGAAAUGGACAAUAAGCUCGACAAUGUGAUGAUCUUGUUCCGCUAUCUACAGGAGAAGGAUGUAUUCGAGAAGUAUUUCAAGCAAUACCUCGCCAAACGUCUCUUGCUCGACAAAUCGUGCUCCGACGAUGUGGAGAAGGCUCUGCUGGCAAAGCUGAAGACAGAGUGUGGUUGCCAGUUUACUCAGAAGCUUGAGAAUAUGUUCAGAGACAAGGAGCUUUGGCUGACACUGGCCACAAGCUUCAGAGACUGGCGAGAGGCUCAGCCGACCAAAAUGAGCAUUGACAUAUCGCUUAGAGUUUUGACGGCGGGCGUUUGGCCGACGGUUCAGUGUAAUCCGGUUGUGUUGCCGCAAGAGUUGUCGGUUGCCUAUGAGAUGUUCACACAAUACUACACUGAAAAGCACACUGGCCGUAAGCUGACAAUCAACACACUUCUCGGAAACGCUGACGUCAAAGCCACAUUCUAUCCACCACCAAAAGCAUCCAUGUCAAACGAGGAAAAUGGUCCUGGACCGUCGAGCAGUGGAGAGUCGAUGAAAGAACGAAAACCGGAGCACAAGAUUCUCCAGGUCAAUACGCAUCAGAUGAUCAUUCUCCUUCAGUUCAACCAUCACAAUCGGAUCUCAUGUCAGCAGCUGAUGGAUGAGCUUAAGAUUCCCGAGCGAGAGUUGAAGAGGAAUUUGCAGUCGCUGGCUCUCGGAAAAGCGUCGCAGCGGAUUUUGGUCAGAAAGAAUAAGGGAAAAGAUGCGAUAGACAUGAGUGACGAGUUCGCCGUCAACGACAACUUCCAAUCGAAGCUGACACGUGUCAAAGUGCAAAUGGUGACAGGAAAAGUGGAAUCGGAGCCCGAGAUUCGUGAAACUCGCCAGAAAGUUGAGGAUGAUCGAAAGUUGGAAGUGGAGGCGGCGAUUGUUCGUAUUAUGAAGGCCCGAAAGAAGUUGAAUCACAAUAAUCUGGUGGCAGAGGUGACCCAACAACUGCGCCACCGCUUCAUGCCGUCACCAAUCAUCAUCAAGCAACGCAUCGAAACACUGAUCGAGCGAGAAUAUUUGGCUCGCGAUGAGCACGAUCAUCGUGCCUAUCAAUACAUUGCCUAGGGUCGAUUUUUUCGUUUGGUUUCCAAUGAUUUUCACUCUCAUCUGCUCUCCAUUUACUUUUGCUAUAUUCUCUUAAAACACAGCAACAACGAUUUGUUCAUAAAUACGUAAUUUCUGUGGUUAUUUUUACAUUUAAAUUUAUUUAUUUAUUCCUUCUCUCUUUUUUUCUCACUCGAUUCUUGGACCUGAUGUUGCCUUGAACAUUUGUAUGUAGAUGGGUCUUUUUUUUUCAUUAUUUCCCCCAAAUCAUUUCAAAAUUAUUUUAUUAUUUUCAUUAUAUCAUCUCGUCAAAUUUGCUCCCUAUCCAGAUAGUAUCCACCCCUGAAAGUUUUUGUCCCCACCAAGGGUGUCAUUGAAUAAUCGAUUUCAAAAAAGUUUUGGGAUGAAUUGAAAAACGAAAAAUGUUCGAUUUUUAGAAAAAAUCGAAAAAAACCGACACCCUUGGUCCCCUUUUUAUGUGUGUGAAGGCAAGUUCCUGCGAUUUUAAUCUCAUUUUUUUCUUUCUCCUCUACCAUUAUCGUUUUACCCCUCCCCCACUGAACAUUGAGCACAAAAUGUCAUAUUUAUAUAAAUGCUUCC